GUUAGAUUCUAAUAAUGUUAUGAUGUUCAUAGUAGUGUCUAUAUAAGGGGCGUCCAAGAGCUCAAUAACUUCAUCAUUCAAACAGCUAUCAGCAAAACUUGUGUGAAUUGAUACUUUCCAUUCCUCCAACAAGAUGCAAAGCAGGAAGAUCCAUGGAUACCCACAACAGCAAUACUAUGGCGAUGAUAGCUCGUGGAUGGAAACUAAGGCUCAACAGCUACAGAGCCAAGGAUAUCCACAGACACAGCAAUAUCCAGGCAUGAAACCAGGUUAUGGCAAGGAUUCUGAUUACUCCAUGCCAAAUCAUAAUAUGUAUCAUCAGGACAGCAAGCCUCGUGACCAUGGUCAUGGUCAUAACUAUGAUAAUAAUCAUGGUUAUGGCAAUGGCCAAGCAUUCCCUUUUGGUGCUACCACUAAUCACUCACCUCAACAUGGUAAGCCAUUCAAACACGGUGGUGGUGGCCACAAUGACUAUGUGUCAGAGCAUGAGUAUGAAGUUUACAAGGAAGAGCGUAUUGGUUCUGGCGCGACGAAGAGGGAUGAAGUGAGAUAUGAAAGGCGUGGAACAUAUGGAGGAGAUGUUCAUCAGGCCAGCCCAUAUGGAUACAAUAAUAAUCCUCAUGGUCAUGGAGCAAAGAAAGGCAACUGGACACUAAAGGGAGUCUAAUAUGCUUGGUUACUGUUGUUGCUACCUCUGAAUCCAGCCAGUACUAAUAAAUGGUGUGCUUUGUUUUCUAUUUUCUUGUUGUAAUAAGAUCAUGCCCCAUAUAAUAUAUGGUGCUUCAUAUAUAUGAUCAAUGUUAUCUGUAACUCAUUAUGAAGCUAUAAUAAGACAUAUGUGGAUUUAUAU